CUUUCCUCGCCAGUUUCAUCUCAAUUCUAUUGACUGCCAUCAUCUUCAAACGUGUUUCCUCUUCUUGCAUCACGGUCAGCCAAAGGUCGCCUUCAUUCACGAUGCUUUGAGGACAUGUUUCAAACGCCAAUCUCCAUGCGCGCCGUUUGACUGAUACAACAUGCUUUCCACUGUACAAACUAUUGAACGCAUUCUGCCGUAUUUAUGAGUACCGGUCUCGCAUCUUUUUCUCAUGGUGUUGAACUCUCCUGGUCACAGAAAACUGACAAAAUCCUCUUCCCUUUGCCGGGAGUGCGCAACACGUCUCGCCUCUCCCGCAUUGAUUUGAUAUCUUGAGACGGCUUUUUUCCCCUUGCAUUCCAUUCUCCCCUCACCUUUCAGGCAAAGAGAGGGCUUUCUUCUUGCAUCAUCUCAAGGUUGACUCUUCCAAGCUGUCACUCUCAUACAUCAGACUUUCAUAAUCGGCAUCGGCCCUUUUCUGCAUACAUCAUGAAGAUGCGUUUGGAUCCUAUGCUUGUGGUCCGCGGCCUACAGGGCGUCCUGGCCUUCAUAGCCAUGGCCGUGGGAGCGACUGUUGCGAACGUCCUCAACUCUCAUAGCCCUGAAAUUCAUGUUCCAGGCACUGUCAUCUUCUACAUCUUCACGGCUGUGUUUACCUUGCUCAUUACCGUCCCCUAUACCAUCAUCGCACCACGGUAUUUCCCGACUCUGGCUCAUCCAUACGCAAUGCUUGCGGCAGAAGCCAUCACUUCGGUCUUUUGGCUGUCCGGAUUCGCCGCCAUGGCCGACUUUCUGAGGAGGUCUACCGUCUGUGACGUUGGUGCGUGCGCAUCGACAAGGGGAAGUGUGGUAGUUGGCGUGUUUGAAUUCCUACUUUUCGCUGUCACCGCUUUCUUUGCAUUCUCUCACGUCUUCCUCGGGGACAGAUUUGCUGGAAAGAAGACGAACAACAAACAACUAGAAGAGUCGAGAUCAUGGUCGGGCGCGGAGCAAGUGUAAAGACACAACGAAAAUUAAGCCCAUGAGGUAAAAUAGGUUUAUCAAAAUUAUGUCAUGCCAGGGAAGGGCAUCGAGGGUGGUGGAAGUCCACAAAAUGCGGGCGCAAGUAUUGUUGUAUACAUACCUGCUCCUUGCUGUACUGUAACAAUAUG